AUGGCCUCAGCAGCUCCCAUAGAGAAAGUGUUAGAAGCCGCCACUUGUUCCAUCUGCCUGGAGUAUCUGACGGAGCCGGUGACCAUAGACUGUGGGCACAACUUCUGCCAAGCCUGCAUCACCCAGUACAGUGAGUACAGGGAGCCUGAAGCAGGCACAAUGAUCCCCUGUCCCCAGUGCCGAGAGCCAUUCCAGAAAGGAAAACUCCGCCCCAACAAGCAGCUGGCUGAUAUUGUAAAGAACAUAAAAAAACUGGAGUUAAAGCCAGAGAAUGCACAGAAGGAGAAUCUUUGUGAGAGACAUGAGGAGAAGCUCCAACUCUUCUGUGAGGAGGACGGAGAAGCCAUCUGUGUGAUUUGCAGGGAGUCCUGGGCUCACCACACUCAUGCUGUGGUCCCCAUAGAGGAGGCUGCCCAGGAUUACAAGGUGAAACUCCAGGAAGCCCUGGGCCCUCUGAGGCAGGAGCUGGAGGAGACCCUAGAGCUGACAUCUGAAGAGGAGGAGAAAACCACAGAGUGGCAGGAAAAAGUAGAGAAUCGGAGACAGUUGAUCACACGUGAAUUUAAGAAACUGCACCAGUUUCUGAGUGAGGAAGAGCAGCUGUUACUGCAGCGACUGUCGGAGGAGGAGAGGGAGACUCUGCAAAAACUGCAGGACUAUAUAACAAAGCUGUCAGAGCAGAGUGCCAUGUUGCAGCAGCUGAUCACAGAGGUAGAAGAGAAAAGUCUGCAACCAGCUGCUGAGCUGCUGAAGGAUGUGAAAAGCACAUUGAUCAGGACUGAGAAUGUGACACUCCAGGAACCAGAAGCUGUUUCUCCUGUCCUGAAGAAUGUUUAUAAAAUCUGCCUUGACAUGAGGGAAAUGCUGGAGAGAUUCACUGUGAAUGUGACUCUGGAUUCAGACACGGCUCAUCCCCGACUCAUCCUGUCUGAGGAUCGGAAAAGUGUGAGAUGGGGAUACACGUGUCAACUUCUGCCCACCAGUCCUAAGAGAUUUGACUCUUGGGCCUGUGUGCUGGGCUCUGAGGGAUUCAUCUCGGGGAGACAUUGCUGGGAGGUACAGGUGGGGGACAGAGGAUUCUGGGCUGUGGGAGUGGCCAGAGAGUCUGUGAGGAGGGAGGGAGAAGUCAGCUUUAACCCUGAAGUGGGGAUCUGGGCUGUGCAGUGGUUGGGUCUGUUCCAGGCUCUCACCUCCCCUGCAACCACACUGUCCCUGAGCCAGGUGCCCAGGAGGAUCCAGGUUUGUCUGGACUGUGAAUGGGGCCAAGUGACAUUUUUUGAUACUGAUAAUAAGGCCCCAGUCUUCACUUUCCCACUAGCCUCUGUCCCUGGGGAGAGAAUCUACCCCUGGCUUUGGGUGGGGGCAGGAUCCCAGCUCAGACUGUGUCCCUGA